AUGGAGUCUCUGUUAAGCUCUCUCACUUUCAACGCGUUGCAGGGCAGACCCGUUCCGGAGACUCACUCUGCCAACCACGACCUCGCGCGUCUCGUUACCAGAAAGUGGGAGAUCUACGCAGGCCAAGAACAAGAGCAAGAACAUACCAGCAGCAUGAACGACUUCAGCUUCUUCUUGCAAAAGACGGAAGGAGAUAACCUCGAGAAGAUCGUUUUUCAAAGAGACAUCUAUGCCGAUUUCGCAACGCUAAGCAUGUCUAAUCCAUGGGAGAGGAUAUCCUUCAAAGUCAUUGGUUCGCCCAUGUGCCUCUAUCGUCUGGGCUGCACCUUUCCCUCGGGCGUUCAUAUCGUGCCAUCGGACAAGUCGGCAUGGUGGUCUGGGUUCAUUCACAAGGCGACGGGUCGGUACUUUGGAAUCACGGAUAUCAAAGGUCGUCCAGCCCUCAGAACUAUCCAAGAGCAAUCCGAUCUCCGAUUCCAGGAUGGACAGUGGCAGCUCUUCCAAGAUCUAACAGGAUUAAGCCGCUCAGUGAUGAGGACCAUCUCGCAACCCUACCUCGAAGAGCUUCCAAAGGAACUUGUCGAUCAUCUCUCAGAUCCCGACACAGGCGAUGUUGUUGUUCUCAAGAAGAUGCAGGACUUUGUUGAGGCCAACAAUAUCUUCACAAACGAUAUUGCCGAACUGCUGAGCUACCUUGCUUCCGACCAGUGUGCCCAUGGAUAUGGAGAUCUUGUUGCCGGUUGCGAGGAGCGAGAGCCUUAA